GUUUUGACUUCGCUCGGGAAAACAUUCGCGGCCUGCGCUGUCUGUCUCUUCCACUCCCCCGAGCUUCGAAGAGUGGAAGUGCGUGCGUGUGUGAGUGUGUGUUGGUGAAGGAGGAAAAUUUUCCAGCUUGCAAAGUUGUUGCAAAACUUGUAACGCUUCCGAUUUGGAAAAAAUGGGGAAAAGCUUUCAGCGUCGAUCGGGAAAAAAGUUCUUCCAUUAAGUGCAAAAUACGUAAGGAGCAUCACCAUCGAAAUAAUAUGGAUUCCCGAAUCAUGGAGCCCAGUCAAGAAAGUGAAGUAAUUGUGUAACCGAAGAGUUUUCCCAACCGAUGGAAACCGGUGAAGGUUGGAGUUGGCAAGGGAAUCGAGAGAUGAAAAAGUGGAAAAUCAUCCCCCGAAAAUCGAGCUAAAGUGAGCCAGCAUAUUUUGGGCAGCUUUUCCUGUGAAAAUAGCAGGAAAAAAAUCGUUUCAUCCGGAAAAAAAGUAAUCACCGGUCAUUAAUUAAGGACCGAUCAAAGUGAGAUUAAGGGGUCGCUUUGGGCCUCAAAAUAGGAAAAAGAAAGGUUGGGGUGGCCACGCCAGCAACAUAUGGCAAGGGCGAUGUUUUUGCUCCAACAACGUUAUCAGUGUCGAUGUCGUCGCGGUGAACGAUAGUGAAAAGUUGUCGCCGAAGAUUGUGGUUUUUGGCUUUGGCUGUGUGAGUGCGUACUCUGCGAGGGUGGAUUCAUCGGCUGUGGCGUAGGGAAAAUCAAUUGGAUACCGUCUGUACGCGUGUACUCUGUCAUCGAUUGGUUGGAAAAAGAAUUCACCCCAAACCGUCACCAUGAUGAUGAUGGACAUCCUGCGGUGGCUGCCCGGGGCCUGCGGAAGCCUCGGCCCUGCGCUGAUCCCGCCAGCCCACAUCGCCGUGCUGUGGUACUUCUGGCAGAACUACUCCCGCUACGUGGACAAACGGUUUUGCUCCUGCUCGUGCUGGGACACGGUGUUCAAAGGAACUUAUGAGUCGGGCAUUGCGUCCUACAAGCACAUGUACUUCAACGCAACCCAAAACACGAUGAAGAUGUGGCUGCUGAUCGUGGUGGGGGUGAUAUCGCUGUACGAGUGUACCAAGUAUCUGACCCAGCUGUUGCUGCAGGGUCGCGUCCGGUACACGAUGAUCGUGCUGUUCCUGCUGUCGAUCUUUUCGCACUAUUACGCCUGGUGGGCGUACCUCAACUACUACAACGACGAGUACUACAACCAGUGGAACCAUCAGCUGUUCUUCACGAUCACAGAGCUCAUAUCAACCAGCUUUGUGCUGCACCUGGCCAGCGUGGACAACGUGGUGACCUCGCGGAAAACGCUCGCCAUCGUUGGCAUCGCGAUCCUGCACAUCCUGGCCAGCGGGGUGGACCAGUUCAUAUCAAACGUGUUCCGGGGCGAGGGCUAUCCCCAUCAGGUGGUCCGCGAUCUCGGCUUCAUGAUUCCGGACGUGAUGCAUCUGGUGCUGCCGCUGUGGCUGCUGCGGCAAACGCGGAAGGAGAGCUUCAGCACGCGGCCCUUCUACCGGGAUCGGAACCUCCGGCGGGACGUGGUCCUGAUGUUCUUCACGGUCGCAGUAUUAUUCACCAUUUGCUCGUUUCUGUAGAAAACGAAUCGCUAUCCUUAAAAAGUAGUAUGUAAUAGAACAAUCGUGUUAAAAGCCAUGCUUUAAGAUGGCCAAAAGACUACUCCACAAUACAUUUAUAUUACAAAAAUACGUGCUAUCCCGAAU